UUUUUUUUUUUUUCUGGAAUACUUUCCAGGAAUUUUGUUUCUUCUCCAAUAUUUAUUUUGAAAAGGUUUCUUUCUUCUCCAAUAUUGUUCAGCGCAUUCCGAAAGGAAAUGGCAACUCGAUCGAAUUUUUACAAGAAUCCCUCAAUCUCUUACAACAAAAACUUAAGUCUCUCCUCCGUUCUUCAGAACCUCCAUGCUUACAACAUCGCCACCGGCAACGUCACUUCCGAUGACCAACCGCCUCCUGCUCCCACUCCCACCGCCUCCAUCAAACGUCCCCGCCAUCCCCGGCCUCCGCCAUCCCGUCCUAACCUCCAUAAGGAUGAGGUUGACGAUUUCCCUUCCUCUAUGUCCCACUAUGAUUAUAUUCAAAAGAGAAGGAAGGAAGUUGAUUCGUCUAAGAACUGUGAACGCGUUGAAUUAACUGAAGAUGUUUUGGGAAACCCUAAUUCUGCGGUCCCCUUGGUGGAUUAUGCAAGUGAUGAAAGCGCUUCUUCAGAAUGUGAAGAAACACAUACUCUUCCAAACUCUGGUCACAAACAAGAAUUUAAUGGAGUCAAAAGAAGAAAUGAGCAGCGUUUUCCUGUAUUUGGGGAACCUGUUUGUCUUAUAUGCGGAAGAUAUGGUGAAUAUAUAUGCAAUGAGACAGAUGAUGAUGUAUGUAGCAUGGAGUGCAAAAAUGAACUUUUGGAAAUUCUCAAACUCAAUGAGGGAUCCUACCAUGACCAAGCUAAAGAUUUCUCCUCAUCUAGAAUAAGGGAUGCCGUACCAGUUCCCGUCUUCAGUGAUGAUACCUGGGAUUAUAAUCGGCAUCGCUGGUCAAAAAAGAGAUCUAGUCUUUCCACAUAUGAAUGUUGGAAAUGUCAAAGACCUGGGCAUUUAGCUGAAGACUGUCUAGUAAAGAGUUGCAGUGAGACCACAGCGGGAGGAAGUAAUAGAUCUAGUUCCAUUCCAAAGGAUCUUCUUGGAUUGUAUAAAAGAUGCCACCAGCUUGGUAAAGACUUGUUAGCUGCAAACUGUAAUGCAUGCCACAGCUCAUCGAAUUUGGCCACAUGCAUUGAUUGUAGUAUUGUUCUUUGUGAUGGGGCAGGUCACUUGGAUGAUCAUAUAAAAACACACCCUUCUCAUCAAAAAUAUUACUCACACAAGCUAAAACGUCUGGUUAAAUGCUGCAAGUCAACUUGCAGGGUUUCUGACAUCAAAGAUCUCUUGGUUUGUCACUAUUGCUUCGAUAAAGCCUUUGAAAAGUUCUAUGACAUGUAUACUGCAACAUGGAAAGGAGCUGGGUUUUCAAUGAUAUCAGGUUCUAUAUGUUGUGAAGACCACUUCAUGUGGCACAGGAUGAAUUGUUUGAAUGCAGAUGCAGAAGGAAGUUCAUAUAUUGUAAAAAACAAUGGCCUCAGAGGCAAACCUACGCAACUAAGUGAUUUCAUCUUUUGAUGGUUGAUUCACUUUGAUCCUAAGUUUUGAUCUUUUAAGAUGCUCUUCAAACUAAAUUACAGAACAAUGGGGGUGAAGGUCUUGCUCUGAUCCACAUUCUUUGAUGAUUGACAACUGAGUGGUGGAGAUUUUAAAUGAGGCACUGUUGAAGGUAUAUAGAUCUUUGUUAUAAAAAGUUAGGCUUCUUAGUCCUUCUCUGUAGUCAAACGUAUAGAUCUUAUUCAGGUUGGUGAAAAUUGUUCAAGCUGUUACGGCCAAGAAGUAGAAGCUUACUUGUAUUUCAUUUGAAGUUUCAUCUGGGUUUUUGGCUUACUUGGAUAUGGUCUUUUUAUGAUUAUUCCCUUGAAUUGUGA